AUGGAAAUGAAUUCUUUUGUAUUGCUUUGUUGCCUCCUUAUUCUACCCAUCUCUCUUCUGAAUAAUACUCCAUUCUCCCAUGGAGUUGAAACAAUUUCUGGAAACAAAUAUAUAACUCAGGCUACAACUAUAUCCUCUCCCAAUGGAAGAUUUGAGUUGGGUUUCUUCACACCAGCUCAAUCUUCCAAGUAUUACAUUGGAAUCUGGUACAAAAACAUCUCCCCUCAAACAGUAGUUUGGGUAGCAAAUAGGGUCACCCCAAUCCCCUCCUCCGCAAUCAACUCCUCCAAACUCAGAGUCCUAGACGGCGACUUGGUGCUUGUAGACGGGGCACAAAACUUGGUCUGGUCAACCAAUCUCAGCGCCUCCUCCGUCACCACGGUGAAGCGAAACUCUGUUCAAGCAACUCUUCGGGACAGCGGAAACUUGGUUUUGAGCGACGAUGGCAUGAAUUCAACAACCCCACUUUGGCAAAGUUUUGACCACUCGACACACACAUUUCUGCCCGGUGCCAAGUUCGGGUAUAACAAGCGCACCAAAACAACAUAUGGGUUCACUUCGUGGAAAAGUUGGGACGACCCGGCACCCGGGCUAUUUAGUUCUAUUGGGAGUGAUGGCGGUGUGGCAUUUCAAAUGUGGAACGGCACAGAGGAAUACUGGAAGAGUGGACCCAAAUUCGGAACAGACAAAUAUAAGCCCAAUUCUGCGCACAGCCGCACCUUUGUGGACAACGAAAAUGAGAUUUACUUCGCUUACAAUGUGCUAAACCCGUCCGUCAUUUGCAGACACAUAAUCGACGUAAAUGGGCAAGAGAAGACACUAGUGUGGUCGGAAGCUCAAAAGGUGUGGAUGUCGACCGAUGUUAGACCGUCACAAGAAUGCGACGUUUAUGCGUAUUGCGGCCCAUUCAGCAUCUGUAGUGACAACUCUACCACCGUUUGUGUUUGCUUGCAAGGUUUCAAGUACAAGUCACAAAGAGAAUGGAGAUUCAAUGAAUUCUCUGGUGGGUGUGUUAGGAACACCAGUUUGAAGUGUAGUGGAAGUAAUAAUUACGAAGAAGAGGAUAUGGACGUGGACAGGUUCAUAAUGUAUCCAAACGUGAGAUUGCCAAGACAUCCUCAAAACAUCAUAGCUGAGACCCAGGCCGAAUGUGAGUCCAGUUGUGUCAACAAUUGCUCUUGUACCGCCUAUGCUUAUAGCAAUAGCAGUGGUAGUCAUUGUCGGAUUUGGGUCGGACAGCUUUUGAACCUGAAACAGUUGGGGAAAUAUGAUAUCAAUGGAAGCACAAUUUACAUCAGAGUUGCUGCCACUGAAUUUUCAAAUAUCAAAGAUACAAACUCAAAGCAGUCGCCAGGGAAGCUCAAAGCGAUCAUAGCUAGUGUAGCAGUAGCUGCAGCAGCUCUAGUUGCAUGCACUAUUUUCUGCGUCUGUUACAAAAGGAGAAGAGCCGCAUUGAAAAUAACAGUGGACGACGCAAUGGAUGAAACGAUAGAUGAUGAGAACGGCAUUGGUGUCCCGCUCAUCACUUUCCAAAGCAUAUUGGAAGCUACAAACAACUUUUCCAAUGCAAAUAAGUUAGGAGAAGGAGGCUUUGGUCCGGUUUAUAAGGGUAUGCUUCUUGAUGGGGAAGAAGUUGCAAUAAAAAGAUUAUCAAGUCAAUCUAGUCAAGGAAUCAACGAGUUUAAGAAUGAAGUUGUACUAAUUGGAAAGCUUCAACACAGAAAUCUUGUUAAACUUGUAGGUUACUGCACACAAGUGGGAGAAAAGAUUUUGCUAUAUGAAUAUAUGCCAAACAAGAGUUUAGACACCUUCAUAUUUGAUCAAACACGUCGACUAUUAUUGGAUUGGAGCAAAAGGUUUGACAUUAUAUUGGGAAUUGUCCGAGGACUUGUAUAUCUUCAUCAUGAUUCAAGAUUGAGAAUCAUUCACAGAGACAUGAAAACAAAUAACAUUUUAUUAGAUGAAGAAAUGAUACCCAAGAUUUCAGAUUUUGGAUUAGCGAGACUGGUUGCUGGGAAUACAUUUGAAGCAAAUACCAAAAAAGUUGUAGGGACCUUCGGUUACAUGUCUCCCGAAUAUGCAUUAAGUGGACUCUUCUCAACUAAGUCUGAUGUAUUUAGUUUUGGAGUGAUCAUACUCGAAAUAAUUUGUGGAAAGAAAAACACAUCAUUUUAUCAGCAUGAAGUCUCAAACCUUUUAGGCUAUGCAUGGAAAUUAUGGAGUGAAGGGAAUGCAAUGGAUUUAUUAGAUGGCUCACUACUAGGAUGCUGUACGGAAUGUGAAGUGUUGAAGUGCAUAAAUGUUGGGUUGAUAUGUGUCGAAGAAGCUCCAAACCGUCGUCCUAGCAUGCCUAAUGUAUUUUUAAUGUUGACAGAUGAAAGUAUGAAUCUACCUAAACCAUAUCAACCAGCUUUUGUUACAAGAAAUCGGAUUUGCAAUGACCCUUCUACUAUAGAAUCUGAUAAACCGUGCUCCAAUCAACUUACUUUUUCAACACAAGAAGAGGAUACAAACUCAAAGCAAUUUCUAGCGAUCAUAGCUAGUGUUGCAGUUGCUGCAGCAGCUCUAGUUGCAUCCACUAUUUUCUGCGUCUGUUACAAAAGGAGAAGAGCCGCAUUCAAAAUAACAGAACUUGCAGUGGACGCAAUAAUGGAUGAAGAUACAGAUGGCGUCCCGCUCAUCACUUUCCAAAGCAUAUUGGAAGCUACAAACAACUUUUCCGAUGCAAAUAAGCUAGGAGAAGGAGGUUUUGGUCCUGUUUAUAAGGGUAUGCUUCUCGAUGGGCAAGAAAUUGCAAUAAAAAGAUUAUCAAGUCAAUCUAAACAAGGAAUCAAAGAAUUUAAAAAUGAAGUCGCACUAAUUGGAAAGCUUCAACACAGAAAUCUCGUUAAACUUGUAGGUUACUGCACACAAAUGAAAGAAAAGAUCUUGCUAUAUGAAUAUAUGCCAAACAAGAGUUUAGACACCUUCAUAUUUGAUCAAACACGUCGACUAUUGUUAGAUUGGAGCAAAAGGUUUGAUAUUAUAUUGGGAAUUGUUCGAGGACUUGUAUAUCUUCAUCAUGAUUCAAGAUUGAGAAUCAUUCAUAGGGACAUGAAAACAAAUAACAUAUUAUUAGAUGAAGAAAUGACACCCAAAAUUUCAGAUUUUGGAUUAGCGAGACUGGUAGCUGGAAAUACGUUUGAAGCAAAUACCAAAAAAAUCGCUGGCACCUAUGGUUACAUGUCUCCUGAAUAUGCACUAAGUGGACUCUUCUCAACGAAGUCUGAUGUAUUUAGUUUUGGGGUGAUCAUACUUGAAAUAAUUUGUGGAAAGAAAAACACAGCACUUUAUCAGCAUGGAGAAGUCUCAAACCUUUUAGGCUAUGCAUGGAAAUUAUGGAAUGAAGGGAAUGCAAUGGAUUUAUUAGAUGACUCGGUUGAAUGCUGUAAGGAAUGUGAAGUGUUGAAGUGCAUAAAUGUUGGGUUGUUAUGUGUUGAAGAAGAUCCAAAUCGUCGUCCUAGCAUGCCUACUGUAUUUCUAAUGUUGACAGAUGAAAGUAUGAAUCUACCCAAACCAAAUCAACCAGCUUUUGUUACAAGAAAUUGGAUUUGCAAUGUCUCUUCUACUGCAGAAUCUGAGAAACCGUGCUCCAAUCAAUUGACUUUUUCAAUACAAAAAGGUCGAUAGGGAUCUGUAAUAAUAAUAUAAUAAGUUGUUUGUUCUA